UUUCUUGCAAACCAAUUUGUUUUUGUUUGUGUGUGUGUGUGACAGAGAGAGCCUUAUUUUGGUGAAUGAGAGAAGACUUGUUCAAACGAUAUAACCAGAAAUUAACAAAACAACAGUUGCAAAGUCAUCAAAGAAACAAAUACCUUCCCUCCUUCCUUCUCUCUUCCACCCGAAUCCUUCCCUGCCUCACACAUUCCUUUCCUCUGUACUUACCAUUCUCUCUUCCCUCCUCCUUCCUAAAUUAGAAUCAUUCAUUUCCUACUAACUAUAACACCCAAUAUAAGGGGCUAUUUUCCUCAUUCAGAAAACCACCAUGCCUCAAAAAGCCACACCUGACCCAAAACCUGGUUCAUUUCACCAUCACAACAACAACAACACUGUCUCUUACCUCACAACCUGCGCUGGCCAUAACAUAAUGCUUCCUGAAUUUUCUCAUCAAUAUAUAACCUUCUUUUGCUUCCUAAAUUUCCCUCAACACUGUACCUCUCUCUUUUCUUCCAUGCUCAUAGCAGGAAGAAGCACCAAAGGUGAUGACAAAUCAAUCAAUCAAUCAGUAACAUGUUAAAACCUGAAAUUCUUCCUUAAAAUUCCCUCGUCCUCCUCGCUCAAUCGCUCUCUUUCUCCAUUGUUUCCAACCUUGUUGUUCCAUUAAUUAUUCAAUGGCUACAGAAAACUCCAUCAUCACCAACAUUAGUACUCCAAAACCACAAACAACCCUGGACAAUAACGAACCUGCAGCUAAUAAAGCCAAGAACAUUUUUAAGGUGGCGCUGUUCAUGAUGCGUUCGCAAAAAUCGCGAGUGGUUCCGGUGGAUGAGGAGUCCAAGAGCGUGUGGAGGAAGCUGGUGGGGUCUAUGAGGCCGUUGCACCUGCAAAGCAACAAUUCUCCACCGGCUCAACCCAAGAAUAAUAGCAACCGGAAGCUGAAGAAGAUGGUCACCAUGCCGUGUAAAAGUGUUGCUAAUUAUUCCCUCAGCGAGGAUGGGUUGGAAUAUGCUGCAUCUGAUUUUACUAAUUCCCCGUCUCCAUUACAUCGCCGUUACGCUUCGGCCAUUGGGCUGAGUGAAAUGGUGCCCGAGGACGAGGAGAAUGAGAAGGAGGAAUAUAAUGUUAUUGUUGAGAAUGAGAAUGAGGAGGAGGAAAGUGAUGAAGGCGAUGGUAAUGGUGAUGACAUGAUUGAUGCCAAAGCUGAGGAUUUUAUUGCUCAGUUUUACCAGCAAAUGAGGUUGCAGAGGUUGGAUGUGGUGGAUAGUCGUUACAAUGAGAUAAGUCAGAGGUCAUUAGGGUUAUGAUAUGAUCGACCCAUCUGCAAAUCCUGAUCAGAGCUAUGAUUCACUCAUAUUUAACUAUGCUACAUGCAUAGACAAAAUCUUUCUUUUUAGUUUUUUGUUGUUUUUUUUCUUUGUAGAAAUGCAGGACUCGAAACCUUCUAAGGAUGAUGAAGAUUCUGCAUUGGUUUUUGUGUUUCAUUCUUUGUCACUCCAAACAAGUUAUGCAAUGUAAUCAUGAGUAUGGAAAUUAUAAUAUUAUCAUAACAUUUUUAGAUGACA